AUGUCAUCUUUGAUUAUUUGUGUUUCUCCAAAGGUUUUUUGAGAGUGGUCUGUGAUUCAGAAGAUGCUUUGGAUGAACCUCAUUCAGGGAAUAAUCUUCCUUUCUCUUACUGGACCUGGAAUUUGGGGGAACAUCUUCAUAUUCAUAAGACAUUUAUAUAUUUUUGCUUUGAUCCCUGAGAAAAAACCUAUAGGUUUUAUUAUCAUUCACCUGGCUUUUUCAAAUGCAGUCAUUAUUUGUACCACAGGAAUCAGAGACAUAGUGCCAGCUUUCUACUUCAGAAACUUCCUAGGUAGUGUUGGUUGUAAAGCUGUGGUUUACCUGGGACGCAUGGCCCGGGGCCUCUCCAUCUGCACCACCUGUCUCCUCAGCGUGGUCCAGGCCGUCACCAUCAGUCCCAGGGCCACGCUGUGGGGAAAGCUCAAGCCACAGACUGCAUGGCAAGUUCUUCCCUAUUUCUUCCUUUUCUGGAUUUCUAAUCUUCUGCUAAGCUCCAACUUGCUCCACUACAUCACAGCAGUCAGUAGCAUGAACAGAUCUGAAAUUGGAAUGUACGCUGGGCACUGUUACUUGCUAUCAUCCAGACAAACAGUCCGCUGGCUUUUCCUCUCUCUCAUGGCUCUUCGGGAUGUCCUCUUUCAGGGACUCAUGGGCUGGAGCAGUGGACUCAUGGCUUUCCGCCUGUACGAACAUCACCAGCGCGUGCUCUACCUGCACAGCUCCCGGCUGGCAGUGAAUUCCAGCCCCGAAAUCAGAGCUACACUAAGUACUGUCAUUCUCAUGACCUGUUUCCUUUUCUUUUUUUGGACAGAUUUCAUUUUUUCCUUCUACAUAGGUUCCACUGUGAGCAAUGAAACCACACUCCUGUAUAUUAAAAUAUUUCUAGAGCUCGGCUAUGCGGUUCUCAGCCCCUUUGUGCUGAUGAGCAGGGAUGCUAGUGGCGCUAAACGCUGGCGAGCACAGGAGGUCACCCCGCGCUUAGUAUCGGCCUGCUCUGCCCGCUCAGGCUCUACCAGGGAGCAUGAAAGGAGGACAGGGAGAGGGCGAGGUGCGCCCUGUCACCUGCUUCUGCUGGUGGGUGAAGAACUAACUAGCCGCUGUUUCACGGGUCAGGGACUCCCUGUUGAUCGCUUAACUUUGCAGGCUUCCGGAAGCGCUAAGAACACUGAGGGUCACGGCUGGAUGGGGAAGCCCCGAGCUAUGCUGGGCUGCGAGAAGCGGGCUCCAGGCCCAGCUCCCGCGCAUCCUCCGCGCCCUCCACUCCGGCCCCGCAGCUCCUCAGCCGAUCGCCCCCGCGCAGCCCCCUCACCUGUCCUCACCUCAAGGCUCCAGAGGAACACCGGGGCCUUUGCUCUUGCGCGGGUGACGGCGGCCCAGGGCUCCGGGCGAGGGCGGCCAGGGUCCAUCGCGGACCCGCAGGGACCCCGUCCUCCACGCGCCCGGCGCCGGCUCCCCGGAACCCGGGUGGACGCCCCCUUCGGCAGCGCAGGCGUCCCCGGCUCUGAGACCCGAGCCCCGUCUGCAGCAGGUUCAGAGGGACCGUCCGGGAGGCGGGGACCGGAUCUGCAGCGGGAGCCGCAGCUCAGCUCGUCCUCGAGCCGCGGGCCGCGUGGACAGGACACGCACCUCCCCGGGCCCGGAGCCUCUGCGCGGAAGCGAGCUGGCUUUCGGCCAGGCAAAGCCUUGGACUGUCUGCUCAAGGGUGACAACUGUUUCCACCCUCCAAGCCCCAUCGAUCACCAUGCUGUUGCUGUCCGAGAACAGUGUCAAGUCGUGUUCUGGAGGGGUGUGUCCUGUAGGUCCGAUCUGGCUGAGUAG